UAAUUAUGUUUUUCGAUUUUUGAUCAUUUAUGAUUGUUGGAUUGCCAUUGCUUAUGCGUUAAGUUCCAAUUCCAGUGUGAUGAAAGAUGCGCACUGUGUGAUUUCAUAUUAUAAAUGUUUUUCUUAAUUGGAUUUUAUGGGAUAUGAUAUGAUCCUCUUAUCAUUUGAUGAUGCAACAGAGUAAAAAAAUGAUUAGCUUUGAACUUUUGAUGGAGUAUAUAUAUUUGAAUGUAUAUGUGCAGUGAUGUCCAUGAAUGCAUAUAUGAAUUUGAAGUUAGAUUUUUAAAGUUUGGUGUGUUGAAGUUGUCAUCUAGUUUGAACUAUACUCAGAAAACUUCAGGCCAUGGCUAUGUCCAUCUGCAAAAAUUGCUCUGACUUCGUUUCAUUUUGGUGGUUCUUCUUUAGCAAAACCUUUUAUGGAGACUAUUGAGUUUUGGAUGUAAUGUGUUUUUUGUGAAGUUUGUGGAACAUCUUUGAAUUAAAUCAUUUAAGAAUGUUUGAUUUCUAUAUUGUCAUUAUAAUAUGCCUCUAUGAAAAGAGCACUCAUUCAUUAUUUCAAUGGGACAAUGUAACUUUUUUUAGCCCAAACAGUAUAUAUCUGAAAUCUGAAUGAUACAAAAGCAUUAUUUUGGAAAAGUUGCACGUUUGGUGGGACAAUUAUUCCAUAAACAAAAAAGCAUGGCUUUGGGUAUUUGGAGGGCUUUAUUUACUUGCGUGCCUUGAAAUUGUUAGUAGGCUCCAUGUAUUUGCUGGCAAUGGUUGUAUAAGGCUUUGAAGCCUGUUUUUGAAUCCAAGGGGAAAUUAUCAUCGUUUUCUUGGAGGCUAAUAUCUCCUUGUCCUAUAAUGAUACAUCAAAACAUAAUGGGACUGAUGCCUGUCAAUGAGGCUAGAGUGAGAGGCCGGCAUGGAAUUAAGCUUCGACAAGUAUUGUUUUGUAGAUACUAGUCCAACAACAGUGCUAUUGCCUCCUCGGCAGCAUUCAAGAGUUUCUGACAAGAAAUCAAGUGAGGGGAAGCCCAAAAACAGGAAUUAUAAAGCAGUUGGAGUUUCUUGCGGAGACGAUGAACCACUGAAGGCAAGGCUGCUGCGGAAAACUGAAGCUGUUGUUGGAAGGGAAAAGAUUGAUUUCUCAGGAGGAACAACACAAUCAGCAGCCGGAAUUAUUGAUUCGUUGUGUAGCAUGGAUAAAAAUAGUUUGCUGGUCGAACAAAAAGAGUCAUCAGCAAUGUCUCUUUCGGAGCUUAGCAAGAAGCAAACUGUGUUCUUCCCUCAAGACUUCAAGACACCAUCUGAAUCAGCAGCUAAAGAUGAUACUAACAUCCAUUCGGAAAGAGUUGAGGAUUCUAGCCUGCACAAGUCGUUAUCUUUAUUGCUAACUCUAUCCCAUUCACCUGAUAAACCCGAGAAUGAUGGCUGGCGGUCGAGCAGUCCAACAUCCCGAGCCAGGAAGAUUCUACGCCCUUUUCUAAAAUCCAAGCCUCACAGAAGUCCACUGAGUAGCUCCAACAGAAGUGACAGCACAAGGAGAUGUGGACUUCCCGGAAACCAUUGCAAAAAAACGACUCUUAUGCUGGAGGCCCAAGAUAAGCAGUGUAAUGUAGCUCUGCAGAAUUCUGCAGCACAUUUACACGGUCUUCUCAAAUUCAAAAGCAAGCAGAGGGAGCCGUCUUUCGAAUUUUCAGUGAAGACCACAGAAGAUGUUUACAUCGGAAAGACAUGGAAAGUCGAAAAUGAUGUGACUCGGGUGUACACGCUUCAUCACAGAAGAAAGACUAAUGCUGGUGGCGAAUCAUCAAUGGUGGGACAAAUGCGCGUAUCUUGUCGCAUGUGCUCAGAAUUCAACGGCGAUGGCGAGCUCAAUAACUCUUUGGUGACGGAGUUUGUGCUGUAUGAUGUUAUUCAUUCGCGAGAAAGUGAUAAUCCUAGCUGCUCCCUCGAUGUUAGUAGAGCUCAAGCUUCCCCGGAUUCUAAUGAGAUUGUACCUCAGGCUAAUGAUGUUGUAGCUGCAGAGGCGUCUCCGGAGAUCGAAAUCGGAGCGGUUGUCGUGCAAGUUUCACUAGGAAAGCAAGGGAGCUUAAGGAUGAUGAAGCACGAAAGCGAGGCGAUGGAGGGUAUUUACGUAACUUCACAAACUCCAAAGAUGCACGUCGUGAUCCCUGCUGGAAGCCACGGCGGAGCCGGCCCUUCUCCAUUGCUGGAGAGGUGGAGAUUAGGCGGCGGAUGCGACUGCGGUGGUUGGGACAUGGCUUGCCCUCUCGUAGUCUUGAGCAAUCAUAAGAUUGAUCGUCAUCAUCGACCCUUCACGGAGUGCUCCCGGAAUCUGGCUGAGCUCUUUGUCCAGGGAAAGAAGGAGAAUCGAGGAGCAGCAGCAUUCGCGAUGAGGGCGACGGAGGAGGACGGGAAAUACGCGGUGGAUUUCCAUGCGCAGCUAUCGUCGUUGCAAGCUUUUUUUAUAUGUAUGGCCGUGCUUCAUACUGCUCGGAGCGUGAACGAACCGAGCCUCGUGAGGCUGUUUGCUGAGAAUACAAGAGAUGCGGUUCCGCAAGUUCAAUUUCUUCCGUCGCUUGUGCUCGAUCCACCGUCGUCGCCCAUUUCCCGAGCUUAGGGGCGCUUUUGAGCUAUCCAUCCGGAUCCGGUGACUGUGAUGAUAGAUGGUUCUUGCAAGGUAAAUUAUGCAAAUUUACAAGGAUGUUUUGAAUUCAAAUUGAAGUUGUUAGUUAGAGGAUGGUUUUGAUUGUAACCCAUCAUAUAUGUUAUUGUAUAUUAUCAUAUUUUCAAAUUUUAUUAUUUGAAUGUCGUAAAGAAAUAU